AUGGCCGAAUUACACAGUAAUGGCACUGAAAAAGAGGUAGAUGUUGAAAAGCCAGCACCGACUCUCUCCGGUCCCAUAGUAGGGAUCAUCUAUCCACCACCAGAAGUCCGAAAUAUUGUUGAUAAAACGGCAAGUUUCGUGGCUCGCAAUGGCCCUGAAUUUGAGAGUCGCAUUCGUCAAAAUGAGCUUGGAAAUCCUAAGUUCAACUUCCUUAGUCCCGGCGACCCGUACCACGCGUAUUAUCAGCAUAAGGUGCAUGAAAUUCGCGAAGGCCGCACAGAUACGGCGCCGCAGGCCGGGACUGCCGUUGUCCCUGGAGGGCUACAAAAAAUGCAAGCGGCCAGUGCCACGCAGCAGAAACAACAAGAGCUACUUAAAGCCGUUACUGAGCAACAGUUUGUUCCAAAGGACCCACCUCCGGAGUUUGAGUUCAUCGCUGACCCACCAUCGAUUUCAGCGCUGGACUUGGACAUAGUAAAGCUAACGGCACAAUUUGUUGCUCGUAAUGGGCGUCUUUUUCUUACCAAUUUAAUGAAUCGCGAGCAACGCAACUGCCAGUUUGAUUUUCUUCGACCACAACAUUCGUUGUUCCAGUACUUUACAAAAUUGCUCGAACAGUACACGAAAAUUUUGGUACCACCGAAGGAUUUGAUGAACAAGCUAAAGAUAGAAAGUGCUCCUGGCAAAAGCAGCAUGAAUGUAGUGCUAGAGCAAGUGAAGUAUCGAUCAAAUUGGAUGAAGCACCAGGAGAUGCAGAGUCGUAGGGAGGAAGAAAAGGUGGAAAGAGAACGCAUUGCGUACGCGCAGAUUGACUGGCAUGAUUUUGUCGUAGUGGAGGUGGUCGAUUAUCAGCCGUACGAGUCGGGUAACUUUCCACCACCAACCACCCCGGAUGAGGUGGGUGCUAGGGUGUUGAUGGAAGAGCGAAUGAACGAGGAAGACCACGACAUUGAGAUGCAAAUCGAGUCGGAUAACGACGACAGUGAUGACGAGCUGCACCGCGGCCAUGAAGGCAAUGGACAGGUUAAGUUGUCACUGAUGGAAAAUCUAGUAGGUAAACAGCAGCAGAAGGACAACACACAGGUACAGGACAUGGAUGAAUCUUCUACGUCGGGCGAUGAGGAAGGUGACCGCACAAAAUCGCUUCCAGCACCAAUCGCUCCCCCGACUCAUGAUAAGGUUAUUGUGAAAAAGUACGAUCCGAAGCAGGCACCAAAAGUACAGAAGCCGGUUCCGUCUGCGGCAGAUGAUUAUUUAAUUUCGCCUAUAACGGGUGAGAAAAUUCCGGCCGCAAAGGUUGCCGAGCAUAUGCGUAUCGGUUUACUGGAUCCACGUUGGGUUGAACAGCGAGACAAGCACAUCGAAAAAGUUGCGCAAGAGAAUGUGUACGCACCGGGAGCAGCGAUCGAGGCAAGCCUGAAGCAGCUGGCGGAACGACGUACCGAUAUUUUUGGUGUCGGUGACGAGGAAGCAGCCAUUGGUAAGAAACUGGGCGAGGAGGAACCUCGCAAAGACGAUCGCGUAACCUGGGACGGACACACAUCUAGCGUGGAGGCUGCUACUCGAGCAGCUCGUGCGAAUAUCACACUUGAGGCACAGAUCCAUCAGAUUCACAAAGUGAAAGGGCUGAUACCGGAUGAGGAAAAGGAAAAGAUUGGUCCAAAACCGAUUCCAUCGAACGUCCAGAAGACAUCUCAACAGCCGCAUCAACACCAGCAGCAUCAUCAACAUCAGCAACACCAGCACGCUCAGCAUCAGCAGCACCAACAACACCAACAGCAUCAACACCAACAUCAUCAUCACCACCAGCAGCAUCAGCAAUCUCAGCAGCAGCAAAACCCCCAACUGGCAUCGUCAGCGCAGCUAGCUCAGAUGCAGGCGCAAAAAGGGAUGUCUCAAAUGCAGCAACAUCCCGUUCCUCCGCCGGUGCCUUCGAUGAUGAUGAUGGCCAUGGGUCCACCGCCGUUUGCAGUUGGAAAUUACGUUCCACCCAUGGCCCAACAUGGAGCUCCUCAAAUGGCAGCCGGUGGUGCUGUUCCUGUCGUUCCCGAUCCACAGCAGCAAAUGGCUGGUCACGAAAUCGCCCCUCCCAUGGACGAACCGCCUAGCAAAAAAUCACGUACUGAGGAUAACUUAGUCGAGGAAAGCGUCUUCUUGCAGCGCCACGGUGCAACUGGAUCGAUCACUGUUCAGGUGCAGGUCCCGAACAUGACCGAGAAGAACGACUGGAAGCUAAAUGGACAGGUCCUUUCGUUGUCGGUGAAUUUGACGGAUACGAUCAGCUCGGUAAAGGCGAAGGUGCAGACGGAAACUGGAAUGCCGCCGGCCAAACAGAAAAUCUUUUACGAUGGCAUGUUCUUCAAGGAUAACAAUUCCAUCGCUUACUAUAAUCUUUUGAAUGGUGUCACUGUUGCAUUGCAACUGAAGGAACGUGGUGGCCGUAAGAAGUAAACUCAACUGUAAGCUUCUUGAACGACACGAUUAUUUCGUACACUAAUUUUUAGGAAAUAGUUUCGCAUUGAUAGUGUAAAACCAAAUAACCGAAUUACUUGAUUGCAUUAUAACGCCAGUAAAUAAUUGAAACGGUAAAUGUAUUUUGAAAAUAGUAUAU